AUGGUGCAGAGGAGGGGGGCAGGGAGGGUCCCUGAGGAGCGAGGCACUCCAGAGGAGCGGGGCUGGGAGACAGGGGUGAGGGCAGUGGGGGGCGGGCAGGCCACGGGCCGUGGGAACGCCGUUCCCCGCUCCUCGCCUUCCCCAGGAGCGCUCCGGCGGGGCAGGGGGAGCGGCCUCCCCGCCGCCGCCACCCGCACAGGUGGAGCGGUGCGAACGGGGAACCCUCCCGUCCCUCGGGACCGGGUCCCGCCACCUCCCCGCUCGUCCCCGCCUCGCCACCCCGGCCCGGCAGCCUCUCUCGGCCCCGUGCACAGAGGAAGCCGCAGCCGGGGCGAUGCGCCUCCCCGCCCCGCAGCAGAGCCCCUUCUUCCCUUCCCACCCGAGGAGACACCGAGAUCUGCCUCCGCUCCCCUCGGCCCUCCCCCUCGACCUGGCCGCUCCCCCCGCCCCGUCCUCAGUAGCCGCGGGCGCUGGGCGGCGGACGAGCGGCGCGGAGCGGGGAGCCGGGAGCCCGAGCCCCGGGGCUGCGGCCGCCCUCCCCUGCGUCCCUCCUGCGGGCUGCCAGGUAUGACCAAGACCCUUCCCAGCGGCGGCCUCUGGGGAAGAGGCAGCCCCCAGAGACCUGGGUGGGCAGGAGCGGAGCUGGGGAUGGGGGCUGAGGGGGGCUGCCCGGUGCCGGGACCGGGCAGUGCGAGCACGCAGGAGCGGCCGGCAGCAGCGGAGAGGGCAGAGGCAAGGCGGCCAUCCCGGCAAAGCCCUCCCGUCCCCGCCCUUCCUCCGGCCGGUUCCCGGUCUGUGCCCACCCGCAGCCGUGCGGGGGCCGCCUCCCGGCUGGCAGGGCUGGAGCCCCGGAGCCGCUCAGCAGCAGAGCAGCGGCCUGGGCGCGACCUCCUUCCCCUCCGGCUCCGGGAGAGGGUCCCGGGCGGGGAGGGGCGGGCGCGGGGCCGGAGCGGGCACGGAGCGGCCGCCGGCGCUGCGGGAGCGCCGCCCCGCGGCAGCGCCGGGCAUCGCACCGCACGGGGACACAGCGCCGCCGGCUCGCCGUCCUGGGCUCUCCCCGAGUGCGGGAGUUCCCAAAUGAGCUGUCACCCCUGCCGUGCAAAAUCAGUUCUUCCUACGAGUGCUGGAGCUGCCUACAUUUUUGUAAGAGCCAGGAGCCGCAGUGGGUUUUCCCCGCAAGUCAGGGAGGAGGACAGCAUCCGUACACCGCUGUACAAAGUGAGCGCACCUGGAGGAGGGAAGGGGGAGCAGUGGCGGAUAAGAUUGGGGCAAUGGUUUCUUCCAGGGGAUGUGAGAUAUCAAAAAUUUGUUCUCUAUUUUUCUCUGUGA